AUGUGUAUUCUUCCUGCAGCAGCAGCAGCAGCUGCUGCUGCAGCAGGAUCAGGAGCGGCAGCAGCAGCAACAGCAGCAGCAGCAACAGCAGCAGCAGCAGCAGCAGCAGCAGCCUACAAGGGCCCCCUCUAUCCUUUAAUCAGUGUAUUCUUCCUGCAGCAGCAGCAGCAGCUGCUGCUGCAGCAGGAUCAGGAGCAACAGCAGCAACAGCAGCAGCAGCAGCAGCAGCAGCAGCAGCAGCAGCCUACAAGGGCCCCCUGA